AAAUUAGUGGACUAAAAUUUCACAAUAGACAAGAUUAGAAGGUGAAAUUGUUUUGCCAUAGGCUUUCGCUGGGAAACUAUUAAAGUAGAUGCCAAAUUUUUUUGUUCUGUUUGGUCAAAUUCGCGACAUCGUAAUUAGAAAAUGUGCAUUAUGAUUUGACGACGAUCGGCGAGGAGGAAGAGAAGAAGAAGCAAAAGUGUCGCCCUUGGAUGAGUUUCCGAUCCACGAUUCCGUCGGUGAGCUCAGGAUCCGAAGAAGGAAACCGCGGAAUCCGAAUCUGAUCUCAUGUCGUUCUCCUUCUUCAAGCCAUCGAGGCCUAAAACGCCUCAAGAGGUCGUGAAGGCCAUCAGAGACAGUCUCAUGGCUCUCGACACCAAGACCGUCGUCGAAGUUAAAGCCCUCGAGAAGGCUCUGGAAGAAGUUGAGAAGAACUUUUCAUCUCUGAGAGGAAUGCUUUCUGGAGAUGGCGAGGCUGAACCAAAUGCUGAGCAAGCUGUACAGUUAGCAUUAGAGUUUUGCAAAGAAGAUGUGAUCUCUCUUGUUAUUCAUAAGCUACACAUUUUGGGUUGGGAAGCAAGAAAAGAUUUGCUGCAUUGCUGGUCUAUCUUGUUGAAGCAAAAAGUCGGCGAGAGUUAUUGCUGUGUGCAAUACUUUGAAGACCAUUUCGAGUUGCUCGACUCUUUGGUUGUAUGCUAUGACAACAAGGAGAUUGCUCUGCAUUGUGGAAGUAUGCUUAGGGAAUGCAUUAAAUUCCCAAGUCUUGCUAAGUAUAUUCUAGGGUCUGCUUGCUUUGAGUUAUUCUUCAAGUUUGUGGAAUUGCCAAACUUUGAUGUUGCUUCUGAUGCAUUUUCAACAUUCAAGGAUCUUCUCACAAAACAUGACUCUGUAGUCUCCGAGUUUCUCACCUCUCAUUACAGUGAGUUCUUUGAUAUUUAUGAAAGACUGUUGACAUCAUCGAACUAUGUGACGAGAAGGCAAUCGCUGAAGCUUCUCUCGGAUUUCCUAUUGGAGCCUCCAAAUUCCCACAUAAUGAAGAAAUUUAUCUUAGAAGUUCGUUAUAUGAAAGUGAUCAUGACACUUUUAAAGGACUCGAGCAAGAAUAUUCAAAUAUCAGCCUUCCAUAUAUUCAAGAUCUUUGUUGCGAAUCCUAAUAAGCCGCAAGAAGUGAAGAUCAUUCUGGCAAGAAACCACGAGAAAUUACUCGAACUUCUUCACAACUUGUCCCCUGGUAAAGGUUCCGAAGAUGAUCAAUUCGAAGAGGAAAAGGAGCUGAUCAUCGAGGAGAUCCAAAAAAUGUCUCGCCUGCAAAACCUCGAGCUUUGAACAUUCUUUUGCCUCUUCAUCUCUCUCUCUCUCUCUCUCUCUCUCUCUCUCUCUCUCUCUCUCUCUCUCUCUCUCUCUCUCUCUCUCCCUCUCUCUCUCUCUCUCUCUCUCUAUCUGUUCCACGCGGUGAUUCCGAGUCCUGCAAAAGAAGUUUCUAGUGAACUCUCUGUGUCGAAGUUUCUCAUGUCUGUUUGUCUAAAACAUGAAACUACUGGUUUUUUCGAAUGAAUGGAGUAAUAUAACUUUUGAUUCUCUGUGACAGACGAAAGACCAUGACUUGUAUCUUCUUGAAAGACCAUAACACUUUUGUAUGCCUUUGGAUAUCUUUUAUAUGAAGAUUGUGUUUUUGUAUCUAAUAUUUGAAAUGGAUUAAACUCCUCAUUCAAUUGAACCCUCUUUGUUUGUUUAUUCCGUAACAGAGAAACAAAAGAUUACAGAUCUGCGACAACAAAAAAUGGAUUCGACCUUUUUGCCGAUGAAUCAACCUAAUGUUACAGUUUUUGCGAGCCACACAAGACUCCCAACAAAAUUAGUUUCUUUCAGGCAAUCUCUAGAAUCUCAUUUAAAGAAGCUGCAACAGUAUCAGGCAUCUUCAGAUUUCUCAUCUUUUGGAGUGCAUCAUAAGUCCUAUCAGAAGGCUUCAGACCUAAGGCCUUGAGCUCCUGGAAUAGUUCAAUGCCUUUCUCAACCUUGUUCUCCUUGCAAAACCCUUGAACCAGAGCAUUAUACGUGAUUGCGUCGGGUGUGACCCCUUUGUCAGACAUUUUCUUGAAAAACUCGAAUGCCUGGUCUGCUCUUCCAUACGAGCAGAAACCUGUGAUCAUCGUAUUGCAGCUCACCGUCGUUUCCCCAUACCCGUUCUCCAGCAUCUCGCUGUAGAGUUGCCGAGCAAGCACAACUUCGCCUCUUUUCAAGUGAGCGUGUAUCAUCACAUUGUAAGUGAACUCGUUAGGUCGCAUCCCUUUCUUUAUCAUCUCGAACCACAGCUUCCUCGCGCUCCCGAACCACCGCAUCUCACAUAAUCCAUGGAUCAUCGUUGUGUAGAUGACUCUGUCAGGUGCAUAGCCUUUCUCUUUGAGCUCGUUGAAUAUACAAAAAGCCUCGUGCUGCUUGUUAUUCUUACACAGCCCCUUUAUAAUCUCUUGGUAUGUAUAGAUACUCGGGAAAUGGUUCCAAGCUAUCAUCGUAUGGAGAAUCUCCGACAUACAAGCGUAGUUCCCAACCCGACAGAACCCGGAAAUCAAUCUGGCAUACACAGCAUGCCCUGGAUCAAGCCCUUGUUUCAAAACCUUCUUGAGAAGUUCAUAGCCUUCUGAAACUUCCCCACCAUCGCACAAAGCUUGAAUCAAACACUGAGUCCUCUCGAGAUCAACAACAUCAGAAUCUGUCAUGGCAUGGUGAAUUUCCCAGAAGCGAUCUCGUUUCCUCGCUUUCAAGCAACCUAACAAAACCGAGUUGCAGGUUGCAACUGAAGGGGCAGUUCCAGUUUCUCUCAGUGCAUUGUACAUUUGUAUACCUUCAUCUACUAACCCUUCUUCACAAAGACACUUCACGUAUUGCUCCAAUAACUUUGCAUCUGGUUUAAAAGCAGUGGUCUCGAGUAAGCCUUUGGCAGCUUUCACGGCUUUUGCAUCCAAAAGGGCACCGAAGAGAAGGUUCAAAGAUACAGGAUCAGGUGUGUGAUCGUAGUUCGAGCAAAGCCAUUGGAAGAACCACAUAGAAAACAGAACAUUGUUCUGAGAUCUCAACAGUUCUCGGAAAAACAAAGGAUCUGCGAAAUUAAACGACGGGAAAUCGGAUACCAGAGCUUGCUGCCACCUCUGUCUCUCUCUCAUGAUCGUAGAGACGGAUUUAGCCAUUUCCGUAUAACUUAUCACACCUCCGGCCGAUUUCUGCAGCUCAUCGGAAUUGGAUUCGCUCUCGCGAGACUCGACGGUUAGGCUCCGUAUCUGGGUGUUAGGGUGGUUCUGUCGAGUUCGGUUUCUGAAGAGAGUGAUGAAAUACGACUGACCUCUACUCAUUGCGUUAUCGCUAACUUUGAGCUUAGACGCAAUUCAAGCUCGAAGCAGCAUUAGACGCAAAUGUUACAAGAAGUCGAAUACUUCACCGGAACCCUAGAUUUGGAUUGAUCCCCGAUUUGAUUUGGA